UCCAACCGAACUUGCUUUCUAGCGAAAGUUUAUGCAUAAUUAAUGAGGCUGGAGACAUCGUGGCGCGGUUGAAUCUCACCUCAAUUUCAGUCUUCGACCAGGACCGACCGGUGGCAGACGUUUCUUUUCUACAUAGAAUCAUGUUGGCUAAGUUACUCUACGUUUUCGUUUUGUUUCUCGGGGCACGGACCAUCUGUACCGCUACGUUUCACCAGAAAAAACAUCACAUAGAUAUUGGCAAAUUCAACGCCUCGUACUAUGACCCGGAGACUGGAGUUGGACUGAUGCCGGAAUUGGAGGGUUCUGGCAGAAAUCCUGCGUCGUUCAGGAUCGGGUUUCGUGGUAUCCCGUGCCAAUGCGAGAACCUGGAAUGCAAUUGUUGCGUUGGUGUGAAUCUGAACGUGAUCAAUUUCAAUCGUAAAGCCUGCACUAAAUUCACCUAUGAUCCCUCCACGUUUACGCUUAACACGGUGUUGAGCAUGAACGAGAGGGAGAUCUACACUAAUACUCUGUCUACUAAAAACCCACCUCCGUUGUGCGUUCCUCUACCCCAGUUGCCUAUCAUACAGUUCUGCAUUCGUUUCUUCGAUGUGUACACCGAGGGACGAAACCUUCACGCUUGCAUCGACUUAGAAACGCGCAUGAUUGGCUCGCCGAUCUUGAUCCUGCACUUCAAUUGCGUGAAAGUGGGCGUCGAUGGAGUGUCUUGGGCGCAUAUCGGGAACGGGACUAGCACGAUGUCUCUUCAAAUGCAGACGGUGACCAGCGAACCGGAAGUGUACGACGAGGUGGACUUUGAACAGCAAGAUCUCGAGGUUUUCGUGAACUACACGUCGACGCUGAGUCCCGACGAAGAAGCACAAAUUGGACAACUGAAACUGUGA